AUGGAAGUGGAGUUGAAGAAGCUAGAAGAAAUACAGAAAUUGGAAAGAGCCCAUGAGGAAAGAGAAAUGGAGCGACAACGACAAGUUGAAGAAAUGGAGUGGCAACGACGAAUGGAAGCUAGAGAACUAGAGCGACAGAAGCAACUGCUGACAGCGAGAGCUGAGCUUGAGUCUGCUUCAGUGUGUGGCAGUCAACAGUCAAGCCGCCCAACAAGGAAAAUUAUUGAAGGUCCUCCCAACUCUCCAGUCUUGUCUUGGAGUCGUUUAGGCUGGACAUUGCACGGUAAAUGUCAUGAACACAUUGGGCGAGUAGAUAGUCAAUUCACUCUAACGUCUUUUGAAAGUGAAAAACUUCAUGAUAUUAUCAAAGAUUCUUUUGAAAUCGAAAAUUAUGGCGUGUCCCUAGUAGAAGAUGACAAUGUGAAAUCAGUUGAAGACGAAACAGCCCUCAAGAUUUUAGAAGAUACGACCAAAAAAGUAGGGGAUAGGUAUGAAUCCGGCCUACUAUGGAAGUCAGAAGACUUUAAAUAUCCACCGAGCUAUGAAAAUGCGCUGAAAAGGCUUAAGGGUAUUGAAAGGAAGAUGGCAAGAGACGAAAACUUUCAUAACAAAUACAAAGCCAAGAUCACUGACUAUGAAGAAAAAGGUUACAUCAGAAAACUACGUGAUGACGAAGCUACUGUUAUAAAUGACCGGACGUAUUAUCUGCCUCAUUUUGGGGCAAUAAAUCCAAACAAACCUGACAAACUGAGGUUAGUAUUUGACGCAGCUGCUAAAGCGAAUGGUGUGUCAUUCAAUGAUGGUUUGCUUAGUGGUCCUGACCUUUUGAACCCUCUGCCAGCAGUACUUCUCAAAUUCAGAUUAAGAAAAUUUGCGAUCGCAGGUGACAUACAAGAAAUGUUUCAUCAAGUACGUAUCAGAAAAGAAGAUGUCGAUUCGCAAAGGUUUCUAUGGAGAGAAGAUCCGAACAACGAACCAGAUACCUAUAUCAUGGAAGCAAUGAUAUUUGGAUCAACGUGUUCCCCGAGUACUGCCUUGUAUGUAGUAAACAGCAACGCCAAGAGGUUUCUACAAAUUUACCCAGAAGCAAGUAAAGCGAUCCUCUGCAGUGAAUACAUGGACGAUCUACUAGACUCUACUGAUACAGAAGAAGAAGCUAGAAUUAGAAUACAACAGAUAACAGAAAUUCACAAGUCCGGAGGUUUUAAAAUCUGUAACUGGUUGUCAAAUUCAAAAGAAAUUUUACUCGAAAUACCGGAAGAUUUGAAGACAAACUCUACAAAACAGCUGCAACCUGAAAGUCGUCUACCUACAGAACGUAUCCUCGGAAUGUGGUGGGAUGCUGAAACUGACCACUUUUCAUUUCACCGGAACGCCGAAAAGGUACAGUUAGUUGAAACAAGGUAUCCGACCAAACGUGAAGUUUUAAGAGGAGCUAUGUCCAUUUUCGAUCCAUUGGGAUUAGUUGUACCUACUACUAUAAAAGGGAGAAUGCUUGUUCAGGACAUUUGGCGAACAAACAUAACGUGGGACGAAGUUCUUUCGAUAGAACUUAGUAAAAAAUGGCAAGACUGGCUACAAGAAGUAAAAUGUCUGCAGAGCUUCACCAUACCUCGAUGCUAUUUUAACGUCAAAACAAUUGAAGAAGUUGAACUCCAUACGUUUGUUGAUGCUAGUGAAGAGGCCUAUGCAGCAGUUUCGUAUCUACGCCAUGGAUGUGUCAGAGGUACUUACAAGACCAUGCUUGUUAUGGCACGUGCCAAAGUAGCACCACUCAAACAAACAACCAUUCCCCGACUAGAACUCCAAGCAGCUGUUCUUGGAUGCAGAAUAGCUUGUAGCAUCAUAAAAGACAUUGACUUAACUAUUUCUCGUCAGAUAUUUUGGUCAGAUUCUGUAACAGUUUUGCACUGGCUGAAAUCCGACCCUAGACAAUUCAAACAGUAUGUUUCCAAUAGAAUUGGAGAAAUUCAAGAUUUGUCUAAACCUGAAGAAUGGAGAUGGGUUCCACCAAAACAGAAUCCGGCAGAUGUUGCAACUAGAAGUAACAAAAAGUUUACAUCAGCCAUGCAUUCUGAAUGGAUUCACAGACCCUCAUUUCUAAUGCGAGAAUCGAGUGACUGGCCAAUACAACCGUCCACACUACAAGUCAAGGAUAACGAAGAAACAAAGAAGAAAUUCGUCGGAGUUGUAAACAGUAAUGAAAACCCUCCUCUUUUGACAGUUGAAAACUUUUCUUCUUGGGAAAAAGUGACACGUGUAUUAGCAUGGGUACACAGAUUUAUUAGCAUGCUAAGGUCCCAUACUACCGCCACCACGAAAAAAAAACUGAAAACGGUCAACGUAGAUUUUGGAAAUAUACCAGAACUUCAACCAGAGGAAAUUCAAAAAGCUGAACAGAACUUGAUAUCAAUGUCUCAAAAGGCAAGCUUCAAUGAAGAAAAAAAUUUACUGCUGAAGAACAAACCGCUACCAAAGUCCAGUAGAAUAUUCUCUUUAAAUCCCUUCAUUGAUCAGUCUCUAAUAAGAAUGUUGAGUAGAAUACAUAGUUCACCAGAAAUAAGCGAAGAACAAAAGCAUCCUAUCAUUUUAGACGGCAAAAGUCAUACGGCUAAACUAAUCGUAAAAAUGUUUCACGAGAAAUGUUUCCAUCAGGGCAUCGAGACUGUUAUCAAUAUGACUAGACAACAGUUCUGGAUCUUAAACGUACGAUCAGUCGCCAAGAAAGUUCAAAGGAGCUGCAUGAGGUGUAGCAUAGACAAUGCCAAACCUUAUCCUCCUCAGAUGGCUGCACUACCACAGUUAAGGACCUCAAAAGUGCAACAUCCAUUCUUCUACACUGGAGUGGAUUAUUUCGGACCUAUCGAAGUUACUGUUGGCCGCAGACAUGAAAAAAGAUAUGGUGUCCUAUUUACCUGUUUAUCGACUCGAGCAAUUCACAUCGAAACGGCUCAUUCUCUUAACACAGAGAGUUGUAUAAUGGCGACUCAACGAUUCAUCAGCCGAAGACCAGUUCCCUCAGAACUAUAUUCCGACAAUGGCACAAACUUUGUAGCUGCAGAUAGGGAACUUAGAAACGCUGUAAAGUCACUCAAACAUGAAAAGAUCCAAAAAGACGUGGUGAACUACGGGAUAAAAUGGAAUUUCAUUUGCCCGCGAGCACCACAUAUGGGAGGCUGCUGGGAAAGACUUGUUAGGUCUGUAAAGACCGCAUUAAGGAGUGUUAUGCGCUGCCAGUACCCAAAAGACGAAGGGCUUCAGACAUUCAUGGUUCGCGUUGAAUUUAUAAUAAAUUCUCGCCCACUCACACAUGUUUCUCUGGAUCCCAAUGACCCCGAACCAAUCACGCCAAACCAUUUUAUAAGAGAAGCUUACAAAAUCAACCUAAACGAAGACCAACUGUGUAAACGACAAUUAGCUCGUGUUAUAUCACUCCUAGACAGCUUCUGGAAGAGAUGGGUGCAUGAGUACCUUCCAUGCCUUUCAAGACGGUGCAAAUGGCACAAGAAAUUGGACCCACCAAAGAUUGACGAUCUUGCAAUAAUAAUUGAGGAAAACUGUCCAAGAAAUACUUGGCCCCUUGGCCGAAUCUCGGCUGUCUACCCAGGUCAUGAUGGCCAAGUACGAAUAGUAGACAUAACAACAUCAAAAGGAACUUAUCACCGGCCUCUGACUAAAGUUGCAGUCCUUUCCGUUGGAGGGGAAAAGAUGUAA